GAGACGAGACGACCAAAAUAUAAACAUAGAGAGGAGAAGGUAUAGGAAAUAGAUUCACUACCUUUUUUUCUUUUUCUUUUUUUGGUUGUUUUGUUUCUGUAAAACCCUAAUUUUGAUUUUCUUUGGAGACUUUGUAUUGUAUGUGUCUCGAUCUUUAGAAGUAAAAUCGAACUUUAUUCGUUUCUCUUUAGGGUCGAUUUGAGAAUCGAUUUUUUAAGUGAUAGAAAGAGAAAAGAAAUCUCAUUUUUCUGAUUACUUCAAAUCCAACUAUUUAUCUUCGAUACAUGAAGAAAAAAAUAGUGUAAUUCUUACAGUAUAAUCUAUUCAAGUGUUGUAUUUAUUUGAGGGUUUUAGGAUCUUCUCAUGUUAGUUUGAAUUUCAUUUAUUUAUAACUUUUUUAGGGUUGAGUUGGAAUUAUUAAGGCUGGCGGAUUUCAAGGUCAAGUGAUGGCGGAUCCGCCUGGUUUCCGCCACUCUUUGAGAUUCAAAGUCGAGGUCAUUUUAUUAUUAGGGUUAGGGUUAGGUUUUCAGUACGGCACAGAGGGGAAAAAAGACAGUAUUUUUAUUAGUUGCAGGGAAUUCUUGGCUUCGGAAGUAUGCUGAGUGUGCUUAGAGUACACCUCCCGUCCGAUAUACCAAUCGUGGGUUGCGAGCUUACCCCUUAUGUAUUACUGCGGCGACCUGAUAGCUCCAUUACUACAGAUGAUGUGUCUGAAUCAGCUCCCCUUGAUGGUUACUACUUAAGAUACAAGUGGUAUCGCAUUCAAAGUGACAGAAAGGUUGCCAUAUGCAGUAUACAUCCAUCUGAACAGGCAACCUUGCAGUGUCUAGGCUGUGUUAAGGCUAAGAUAGCUGUUUCCAAAAGUUAUCAUUGCACUCCUAGGUGCUUCUCAGAUGCAUGGCAGCAUCAUCGUCUUUUACAUGACCGAGCCGCUAGUUCUGUAAAUGAAAAUGGGGUCGAAGAAGAAGAGAUGUUUGGAAGAUUUAAUAGUACUGGAUCCGCAGUUAGUAAUACAAGUUUGUCCGGUUCCACAUCAAGCAUAGCGAAUAAUUCGAGUUUAAAUAAUGGUUCUGCUCCUUUAUAUCCUACAACUGGUACCGAACGAAGUGCUGGUGAAACAUGGUUUGAGGUGGGACGCUCCAAAACGUAUACCCCGUCGGCUGAUGAUAUUGGGCAUGUUCUAAAAUUUGAAUGUGUAGCAGUGGAUGCAGAAACGAAGUUGUCUGCUGGACAUGUAAACACAAUUAUGACUUCGCGUGUCAUCCCAGCUCCAACCCCAAGCCCGCGUCACUUGGUUCCAGUUAAUGGUAUGGAUGUGAUGGGCCACUUGGAUUUAGAUGGUCGUACAGCAUCUUCAGGAACCUUUACCGUACUAUCAUACAACAUUCUGUCUGAUGCAUAUGCGACAAAUGAGUUAUUCAGCUAUUGUCCCUCAUGGGCUCUUUCUUGGCCUUACCGUAGGCAGAACUUGUUGCGAGAGAUUGUCGGCUAUCGUGCAGACAUUCUUUGUCUUCAGGAGGUUCAAAGUGAUCAUUUUGAUGAGUUUUUCGCCCCUGAGUUGGACAAACAUGGUUAUCAAGCUCUCUACAAGAAGAAGACAACAGAGGUUUACACCGGGACUUAUGCUAUCGAUGGUUGUGCAACAUUUUUCCGAAGGGACAGAUUUUCCCAUGUGAAGAAAUACGAGGUCGAAUUCAACAAGGCUGCUCAGUCACUGACAGAUGCUGUGGUCCCAAUCACUCAGAAGAAAGCUGCUUUGUCUCGACUUCUUAAGGAUAAUGUUGCGCUAAUAGCGGUUCUGGAAGCAAAAUUUAGCAACCACGGAGCCGAUACUCCUGGAAAGCGGCAGCUUCUUUGUGUGGCAAAUACACAUGUUAGUGUUCAGCAAGAUUUGAAAGAUGUUAAGCUUUGGCAGGUUCAUACACUCCUUAAAGGAUUGGAGAAAAUAGCUGUCAGUGCCGAAAUCCCUAUGUUAGUUUGUGGUGAUUUUAAUUCCAUUCCUGGAAGUGCUCCUCAUGCACUUCUUGCGAUGGGUAAAGUUGAACCGAUGCAUCCAGAUUUGGGGACAGACCCGCUUGGGAUCUUGCGGCCUCCAAGCAAAUUAACUCAUCAGCUUCCUUUGGUUAGUGCUUACUCAUCCUUCGCCAGAAUGGGUGUUGGUGCUGGUUUAGAGCAACAAAGGAGAAGAAUGGAUGCAACUUCUAAUGAGCCCUUAUUCACUAAUUGCACUAGAGAUUUUAUUAGCACCCAUGAUUACAUAUUUUACACAGCGGAUUCUUUAACAGUUGAAUCGCUAUUGGAGCUCUUAGACGAGGAGAGCCUGCGAAAAGAUACAGCACUCCCUUCACCAGAGUGGUCCUCCGAUCAUAUUGCACUAUUAGCUGAGUUCCGUUGUAAGCCAAAGCAAAGACGUUGACGAUAAUAGGGGUUUCAAGAUCGAUUGCCUCCAGAAGAAAAGUUUUUGAACUAAAAACCUGGUAAACAUCUUUUCAUACAUGAAAUAGAAGAUAGAGAAAAGAGAAGAGGGGAAAAGUGGACCCUAUCACUCUCUCUGGCUAAAGAUGAAGUUAUAUCUUUGUUGGGGAUCCAAGCAAAUAAUCUUUCUAUGCUACUUGUAUACUACCCGCACCCAUCUAGAAACAGGGAAUUGAAGAAAUAUGGCAAUUCCCACCCUUCAUUCAAAUUUUGGGCUCUUGGAGCUUUUUUAGCCCUCUUAAGGUGUAAGUUUCAACUCAGAAAUAUUUACUUAGCAGUUCUCAAAAUGUCUAGUUUAUGCAAAGGAAGUUUGAAAUAUUUAGUUUUUGCUUCUUACCUUUUGUUUUUAAUAACGAUUCCCAUGUUAAUGAUGGAAUUCCCGAACCGUAGCAUUCUGUGUAUAGCCGGCCUUGGCCACAACCAAUUAAUGCAUCCAUUGGGAUUCCCUUU